AUGCAGCAUGAGGAUACUUGGUUAGCAAAUGCGCAUAGUGUACGCCCACGCACGGCGCGUCUGCGCCAUGCAACAUUUAGCAGGACCGCGUCGGACGAUGUCAACGUACCCGAAGAUGCGUCGUCCGUCAAACACAGCAUCGGCGCGGAGGAGGAAUCGGACGAGGAAGGUCUCUUUGCGUUCCUGCCGCCGAGCAUCAACCGCAGCGCACCUGCCAUGACAAAGAAGCAGGAGGAACUGAUGCUGCACUCAAGAGACAUGUCUUUCGACAUACCCCGCGAUGAAGUGGAUGCGUUAGACGACGAGCUCAGCAUGUUAGGGGGAGUCUACCAAGGCUAUUUUCCGCCUUCUUCAAGCGACCCAAGUAUGCACAAGAGACAACCGAUGAGUACGGGACAUGGUCCUGUUUCGCGUGUAGACUCGCUUUGGGCAGGUUCGCUCCGCGAAAAAAAAAGCUGUCGCGACGAAACGAACGAUUGGGGUUUUGGGAGUUUAAAGCGCUCUGCUUCGGCGAUGCAUCCUUCCGAUGCGCCAUCCAGCGUAAGGUCCUACGACCUUCACUCGCGCGAGAACGAUUUACCAGAUUAUGGCCUCGAUCCGCUCCAGUCUUUUCCCCUAGGCAGAAAAGAGGGGGAUGGAUACUAUGACAUCCCUAUGAAUCCCAUGAGCGAUAACCGGCAACCUGGGUGGGGCGACGGAGGAAUUGGAACUGAAUACAUUGAUCCGGACGAGGACUCGCCGUACGCAGAAGUAUGCGCGUCCGUAUCCAACAUCGACGACCCAUCGAUGCCGGUCUCGACGAUACGAAUGUGGGUAAUUUCACUCAUAUUAUCUGUCCUGGGCGCUGCGAUCAAUACCUUUCUUUCCUUCCGAAAUCCGUCGCCCAUGCUCUCUCCUAUUAUCCUCCAACUUGCGGCAUACUUUCUCGGGAAAUUGGCCGCAUUUGCACUGCCUAUCCGUGUAUUCCAGUUGCCCAAGUUUUUGGGCGGCUACCCUUUCUCGCUCAAUCCCGGUGCAUUCAACAUCAAGGAGCACGCAUUGAUCUCCAUCAUGACUAAUAUCACCAUCACGCAAGCAUACGCAUUAAACUUUUUGACCGUGAGCGAGCUCCCUGCAUUUUAUGGGUUUUCCGAGCCCACAUCGGUAGAGUUUGUCUUUUCGAUGGCGAGUCAGGUCAUUGGCUUUGGCUUUUCGGGCUAUCUCCAGAAGUUUUUGGUCGAGCCUGCCUCGAUGCUGUGGCCGCAAAACCUGCUGAUCUGUACCAUUCUUAAUACGCUGCACGCCGAGGAAGACCGCACGGACAGCAGCAUUCCACGCGUUCGCUGGUUCAUUUACGUGCUUGUCGGUGCGUUGGUAUGGGACUUUGUGCCUAGUUUCCUUUUCAGCGCGCUCACAUGCGUCUGUUGGGUGUGUUGGAUUGCCAAAGACAAUAUUGUCGCCAACAUCGCAACGGGAGCCAACGGGCUGGGCUUUACCAGUUUUACCCUAGACUGGUCGCAAGUGGCGUACAUUGGGUCGCCGAUGGUCACGCCGUUCUGGGCAGAAGCCAAUCUUUUUGCUGGCUUUGCCGUGUUUAUCUGGUGCAUUGCUCCCGCUUUUUACUUUUUAAAUUUGUGGGGCGUGGCGUACCUCCCCUUUAAUGCUGGGCAAGUCUUUGAUCGCUUUGGGCAAUUGUACGAGCCAAUGCGUGUGAUCGACGCAGACAAGCUCAAAUUUAACGAGCAAAAGUACGAGCAGUACUCGCCGCUGUUCCUUCCCGCCACCUUUAUCCUCUCCUAUUUCUGUGGCUUCGCAAACAUGGUCUCGGUGCUUGUGCAUGCGGCCUUGAACCACGGCAACGAUAUCCUCCGCGCGGUGGGCAUUCGCCGAAAAGAACCAGAUGAUAUCCAUGCCAAGCUCAUGCGUCGGUACCGAACCGUGCCGCGAUGGUGGUACAAUUGGACCAUCAUCAUUUGCUUUAUUCUUAUUCUGGUCAUGGCAGACGAAGCUGGGCACCAUGUGAAUGCCGGUGUAUUUGUCGUUGCGCUGCUCAUCUCUGCCUUAUAUGCGCUUCCCACGGGCUACAUUUUUGCGCUCACCGGGCAAAUGAUCGGCACAAAUAUUGUCGCCGAUCUGCUGGGCGGUGUCAUUCUGAACGGCGAGCCGCGCGCCUUUUUGCUGUUCAAGACGCUGGCAGUACAGACGCUUGUGAGUGCGCUCACAUUUACGUCGGAUUUGAAGCUGGGGCACUAUAUGAAGAUCCCGCCCCGGCUCGUGUUUCUGGUGCAAUUGAUCGGCACUCUUGCGGCGACCUGCGCCCAAGUUGGCGUCAAGAAACUGCUCACCACCACAGUGCCAGACCUGUGCGAGAUGAAACAAAAGGCCAGUUUGACGUGUCUUCCAUUGCGCGUAUUUUUUACCUCGUCCUUGAUUUGGGGCGUGAUCAGUCCUGCGAACCUCUUCCGAAACCCUGUGUUCCAAUUCUUUUUGUACGCUUUGUGGAUUGGACUGGUCGCGCCGGUGAUUGUUUGGCUGGCAAAGCUGCGGUACCCUAAUUCGAUUGUACGCUGGGUCAGCAUUCCAUUGUGCUUGAUGGCUGCCACUGCUGUCCCAUCGGCAAGCAGCUUAAACUUUACCGCGUACAUUGUUGUGGCCUUCAUUUUCCAGUACUACAUGCGCCGCUAUCGUUUCCGCUGGUGGUCCAAGUACAACUUUGUCACUGCGAAUGCACUGGAUGCGGGUACGAUUAUUGGCGAGCUGUUCAUCUUUUUUGCCUUGCAGCUCCCCUACAACGACAGCUUAAUGCCGCAAUGGUGGGGCAACACCGUGUCGUACAACAACGCAGAUGCGCAGCGUUUGCCCCUCAAACAGGCCCACCCAGGGGGCAUUUCCGAUGGUAUUCUACAGAUGUAA